CACACACAUACACACAUAGGUAGGUAUCUGCACACCGGCAUCACCAGUGCAAAUCAAACGAUCGGUUCGUGCCGAGUCUCAUCUAGCUGCCAGCAGCGCUAACCCUCCCACGUAGCCACACAGGUGCGUCUGUCUGCGUGCGCACACAAGGGGACAAAACAGCGGGACAAAAACCGUCAUGCGCAACAUACAACACAUUCCUCUCGCUCAGUCAGCCAGACAGACAGACAGCCUUUGGUCUGUCUGUCUGUCUGCUUGCCUGCCAGCAUCAUGGCUGCAUCCUCUCUAUGCGCCACUCGCCCCCUCCCUCUCCCUCUCCCUCGCCCCUAGUGUACACCAGCCUGUCGUGCAGCCGACUUUCCCGCCCCUUCCAGAACUCUAUCCUCGACGGCACCAGCCGGAAGCCGCCCCAGUGAAGGGGCCGGGGCACCUCUGCCGUCCCCUCAUACCGCCCUUCCAGCUCCGACCACUUGGCUUCCAGCGCCUCCCUGCUCGCAAUGGGGCGGCUCUGGUCGGACGCUAUCGCGCCCAGCCGGCUGGCCUUCGGGCGGGAGGUGAAGUAGGCGUCGGACUCCUCAGGCGGCACUUGCUGCACGCGGCCCUCUAUCCUGAUUGACCGCUCGAGGGCCUCCCACCAGAACGUCAGUGACGCGAAGGGGUUCUCCGUCAGCUCUUUGCCCUUCCUGGACUCAUAGUUGGUGUAGAAGACAAAGCCCCGCUCGUCAUAGCCCUUGAGCAGCACAAACCGCGCCGACGGGCGGCCUUCCUUGCUGGCUGUCGACAGGCACAUGGCGUUGGGCUCCACGCUGACUGUCUUGGCGUCCUCAAACCAUUCGCCAAACAGAGUGAGCGGAUCCGCGGGCAUCGAAGCCUCGUCCAGGCCCUUCAUCGAGUACUCUUUCCGCAGGGCACUGAUGCGCUCCAGGUUGUUGCUGAGAAGGCCGUUUGCUGAGGACAUGAACCGGGGAGGCGGCGAGAGGGAGAUCUGCUUGGUCUUGGAGAAGAUGCGUCUUAGUGACGGCCUGAGGGCAACGACCAUAGACUGGAUGAUCAGCGCAACUAAGACCAGGGAUGUGCACAU